UGGGCUGGAUUUCUUCCUGUAGUCCGUGAUUGACUGUAGACCCUGCCACAUGCCUCUUGUGUCUGAGCCGUUGAAUUGAGAUUCUACUUUGUCUCUGUACUGACGCUUAGCUUGUUUGAUAGCCUUACGGAGGGAAUAGCUGCACUGUUUGUAUUCAGUCAUGUUACCAGACACCUUGCCCUGAUUGAAAGCAGUGGUUCGCGCUUUCAGUUUCACACAAAUGCUGCCAUCAAUCCACGGUUUCUGGUUAGGGAAUGUUUUAAUCAUUGCUAUGGGAACGACAUCUUCAACGCACGUUCUAAUGAACUCGCACACCGAAUCAGCGUAUUCGUCAAUGUUGUUAUCUGACGCAAUACGAAACAUGUCCCAGUCCACGUGAUGGAAGCAGUCUUGGAGUGUGGAGUCAGCUUGGUCGGACCAGCGUUGGACAGACCUCAGCGUGGGAGCUGAUUUUUUUUUUUUUUAGCUUUUGUCUGUAGGCAGGUAUCAGCAAAAUGGAGUCGUGGUCAGCUUUUCCGAAAGGGGGGCGGGGCAGGGCCUUAUAUGCGUCGCGGAAGUUAGAGUAACAGUGAUCCAAGGUUUUUCCGCCCCUGGUUGCGCAAUCGAUAUGCUGAUAAAAUUUAGGGAGUCUUGUUUUCAGAUUAGCCUUGUUAAAAUCCCCAGCAACAAUGAAUGCAGCCUCCGGAUAAAUGGUUUCCAGUUUGCAAAGAGUUAAAUAAAGUUUGUUCAGAGCCAUUGAUGUGUCUGCUUGGGGGGGAUAUAUACGGCUGUGAUUAUAAUCGAAGAGAAAUCUCUUGGUAGAUAAUGCGGUCUACAUUUGAUUGUGAGGAAUUCUAAAUCAGGUGAACAGAAGGAUUUGAGUUCCUGUAUGUUUCUUUCAUCGCACCAUGCCUCGUUAGCCAUAAGGCAUACACCCCCACCCCUCUUCUUACCAGAAAGGUGUUUGUUUCUGUCGGCGCGAUGCGUGGAGAAACCCGUUGGCUGCACCGCUUCGGAUAGCGUCUCUCCAGUGAGCCAUGUUUCCGUGAAGCACAGAACGUUACAGUCACUGAUGUCCCUCUGGAAUGCUACCCUUGCUCGGAUUUCAUCAACCUUGUUGUCAAGAGACUGGACAUUGGCAAGAAGAAUGCUAGGAAGUGGGGCACGAUGUGCCCGUCUCCGUAGUCUGACCAGUUGAAUGACCUAAGGGUAAUGAGAUGGGUUUUUAUUGGAAAUAAGAUAAGUUCACUGAAUGAAUGUAGUACAUUGGGUAUUGAGUGGGAAUAGCUAAUACCAGUUUGAACGACCUACGGGUAUUUCUUGAAGUCAUACUGUUUAUUGACUAAGGAGGGAGCAACGUUGACAUGAAAAAAAGUGGUGAAUUGGUUUUGGAAAUAAUUCUAAAAAUUAUAUGAUACACACCCCAAAUGUACCUAACAAUGACUAGUCAAGAGGCUUAGAAGGUGUUGAAAACUUUGAGGUCCACUUUAGAAAUAAUUGGUGGUAGAAGCGGGGAGAAAAGCCAUACAGGGAGUGGACAGAAGAAGGCAGCAUUGCCGCGCCCAACGGGCUCCCAGUCGACAGGGAGCCUGGUUUGAUAUUGGAGACGCUAAAACGGAGAAUAAAGAGAAUCCUCGCUGGGGAAAAGCUUGGGCCUUUGAAUUGUAAUGUUUUCUGGGAAUUGUCUCGGUGCCGGAGUUUGCUAGUAUAGACAAUUAUAAUUUUAUGGUUAUUGGCGGGGAAACUCAAUCAGUUGAAUGGCGUUGGGGUAAAGUUUUCGCCUUCGAUGCGGGGGACUGGGGUUCGUGUCUCAGCCUUGACAUCGAUAGGCUAAAAUUUAUUCUGAUUGUAAUUCAAAUAUUUAUGGGUUUUGCCCGGAUUGAUACGGUUAUUAGUAUUUGUUCAAGAUAUGACUGAACAUUUUGAUAGUUUGUUUAGGUUGAAUUGAGAGACUAAUUCGUUCGAGAUAAUGGCGAGGCAAUUUCUAUGGAGUCGUAUUUUUAUUUUUUAAUAUAUUUUUUAUUUUUCAAAGGCGCUGGGUCAUGGGAUGAGACCGUUAUCUAAAUCUGAUGAAUUCUAAAUAAUAUCGAAGAGACAAUUACGAUUUAUGAGCUUUUCCCCUGAUACGUAGACAUCUGUAACAGGGGCAAGUUUUUUUUUUUUCCCCUUCUUGAGGAACUAGCAGAUGUAAACGUGAUGGUCAAUUUUGGGGUUUGAUUUAAUUUAAGUAAACAUUGUAUUCUGGCAUGUUUAAGUAGGAUUCUUCAUUUCGGGACGGAUGGAAGUUAUCUAAAAUAAGUAAAUUAAAGGAAGCAUGGGAGAAUGCGAAUGCAUAUUUAUUACAUUUCAGGGAUUAAAUUACGGAUUUCUUACACUGAGAAAUGUACGACAUUUGCGGCAGAGGGAAAAGGUAAUACAUUGGAUAGUAAUGUUAUCAGGUUUAAUUGUAUCUAAGGGUAGCAUGUUCAUUUAAGUAAACAUAUACGUAGACAAUGUUUAAAACUUAUGAUUAAUGAUUUGAGUCAAAGGGGAAUUAUCAUUAGGUUUUAGUUAUAGUUCACUUAUUGAGUUUCUGAAUUGAAGUAGCAUAGUGAAUGCUAGUUAGGCGUGUUGUGUCUCACUUUUAGAAGCCUCCUGGGAUUAUAAUUUUGGGGAGAGUGGGGGAGAGAGCGGCCAUAAACGACCAAAUUGAAAAAGGUCUGCAAAUAUAUACACAUAAAACAAUUGUUAGAACUAUUUGUUUUAGUGCAAAGGUAUUUUAAAGAGGACGCUCACAUAUGGAACAUUAUGAGUUUUUAUUUUAUGGGUUUUAAUUACACAGGUGAUUAUUUUUAUUUUAAGGAUAAAGGGUUCUUUAUGUCUAAUACGGUAUGACCUUUUGACCUUAUCGUGGCUAUCUUUUGGGGUCUGAUCAGCCCCGGGGGAGAGCCAUUUGUAUAAUGAAUUGUGGUCAGUUGGGUUACUAAUUUUAAGGUAAAUGAGUUAUAAUGGAGUUUAGUUUGGGGUUUAGAAUUAUUGUUUGAAUCACUGAAGCUGAUUUACAAUAUUAGCUGUGAAGUUUUUGAAUUGGCUAUUAUGGAUUUGAUAUUACAACAGAAAAUAGUUAUAUUUGUCAUUGAGAAUAAAUAGGGGUGAUAAAUUACUGUAGAUAAGGUAUUCCACACUAUGCAACAUAUAUUAAAUUCCAUGUUAUUGUCAGAAUACUGCGGCUUCCUGAAGUAAAGAGCUUGUAAAGUGUAGGAAGGAUUUCGAUAUGGUGAGCAUUGGUUCAGGGUCUGGUUAACCAUUAGGAGGUCUUUUAAAUAUUAUUACAUUUGACAGGAAUAUAGGACAUCUGUGGUGAUUUAGGAUUAUUGUAAGGAUUAAGAUAGAUUCAUUAAGGAAAUGUAAGGACUUUAGAGAUUUCCACUUAUAAACAUGUUUUUUGUUUUUUUUCUAAAAUCAAGGAUUUUAGAUAGUCAAACAAUGAGACGCUUAGUGGCAUUUUGAGAGAUAGCAGAGAAAGGAAUUACUGUUUAAAUCGGUAAAUAUGUAUAUUUAAGAACAUAUAUAAAUAGCACAGAUACUUCUUAAACUAGAUAAGUCACUGGACAGAGAAUUGAUACAGGAUUGGGAUGAAUGGAUGCCCAAGAGAGAAUUGGACAUUCAUGAUAAUGUCAGAAAAUAAGGAUAAUUUUUCUAAUCCUACCUUAGUCAUUAUUUAGGGUAUAUAAGAUUGACACCUGGGCAGAGCCAGGUAUCAAAAGGGGGGUGGGUAAGUUAAGUUAGUGGCCUAUUGGAUAAGAAACUAAUAAUAAAAAUAAUAAAAAAUAAACAUUUUUUAGCUAAAGAUAUAAUCAGGUAAAACAUAUGAGAAACUGUGUGUUAACCAAGCCUGUAUGUCCAGGAUUUUAUGCAUUACAGGUGAACUACAGGUGAAGUCCCUCAAUCCAGUCCCAGAGGCUUGUUGGGGGGACCAUACCAAGGACUCCUGGUGACAGCUAGCUGAAAGAGCUACCCGGAUUCAUAUCGCACGGCGGGAGGGUAAGACACACUGACACUGUCAAACAAUAAACAGUGUUCGAGAGGAGAACUGGAAUUAACAGAAUUCCGGGGGCCAUCUCUCGAAUGAAGUAACCCUCCCUGUCCUGUCACCCCUGUUUUUGUUCAUAGAAGUGAAGAUGUGUCUGGCUCUUGCUAAGUGAUGUGUUCUCGGGGAGGGGGUGGGGCUUCACAUGGAAGCUGUUCUUCUGAGCUGUCUUAUCAUGGGUGACAUAUUCCUGAUACAGCACGUCCUACUUGAGUCUGCGGAGAGUGGUAAUUUGACCCAUGGUUUUAGACGAUGAGGAUUUUGUUCCAAAAUAAGCAUAAGAGAUCCCUAGAUCUGGGUAGACAGGAAGUUAGAGUAGAGGUUGGGAAGGAUCUCUCAAUGGAGUUUUAUGUAGAUCAAAAUGGAGUCUCUAACUACAUGGCAGUCUAGGACACUGAGCCAUUAUGGGAUAUAUUGGUGCAGGUUCCCAUAUUGAUUGUGGACACAGGUCAUAGCUCAUUUGGAGAGAGAGAGGGCUAUAUGAAUCCACUCACCCAGUAUGGAAGGACAAAGUAUACAUUGAUAACAUUGGGGUUCCACGGACGUGGACUGGAUUAAUUAUAUUUAUUAUAAUCAACAGCGCUUUAACAAUUAUACCAGAGAUGCUAUUAAAGGUUUUGCAGAACAGACUGAAGCAACCAACCUGAUGGCUUGGCAGAAUAGAAUUGCAUUAGAUAUGUUAUUGGCUGAAAAGGGAGAAGUAUGCGUGAUUAUAGGGACCAUGUUUGUGCUUACAUCCCAAAUAACACAGCUCCGGAUGAAUCAGUGCCCGAAGCCUCAACUGGUUUGACCACCCUGGCUCACGGUUUGGCAGAAAACUCUGGGGUGGAUACUUCUCUGACUAAUUGUUUUGAUAAGUAUGUUCGGAAAAUGGGAAAAAAUAUUAUGAUCACUGUAUUAUGGGCUACAUUCACCUGUGUGACUGUUUAGUUUUAUGGGGCUGUUGUCUAAUUCCCUGCGUAUGAGGCCUUAUUUCCAGGACUCUGGAGAAAUCGAUGGCAAUAGAUAGUGAGGUACCAGCGGAUUCCAGGUUCUGACCUGUGGAGUGCUGAAUGCAUGUCUACAGAACAAGCGGACGAAAAUUAUAAAUUAAAUUAUAUUAAAUUGGGAGGGUGUCCGUAUGGGGAUUACAUGAUAACCGACUUGGAACAAUUCUGGGAUUGGAGAAGAGGGUAUCCUUAUAGCAUAGGGGAUCCCACAAAGGUGGAUAGGUUUUCCAUGAUAUGGGGAAAACCUGGGAGCACUGUUGAACUUUGUAAAGGUGAUGAAGUCCCACUAACCAUCAAAACUAUUAAGCUCUCUGAUGCAGGCACUUACACCCUCGGACUACAAAGGACCAGGACAGACAUGAUGGGUAUGUUUUCUAUUAAGGUGCUGCCAAAACCAGAGGUCCCAGAAGAACCAGAGCCAGACACACUCCUCUACCACCCCUGGACUGAUCCUGCCACCACUGUGUUAAAUCCCAUUCAGGUAAUUAAUGUUAGAGACUAUUUAGCUAUUGAUCAAUUAGGCAUUGAGACUGGUUUUGAUGGUAGUGACAAUUUGUGGCUGUCCGAUAUGAGGUAUACAGCUAAGACCCUGAAAAGAAAGGACUGCAUUAUUUGUAGUUUUGCUAGACCUGUUCUGGCUACGCACCCAUUUGCUAUAGGAGAAGGAGAGGGGUGGUUGUGUAUUCUGAGAGGUUUUUACCAGGUUCAGCCCAAUUCAACUCUCUGUUCCUCUUUGAGCCUUGUGUUUCCUACAGUACCUCCUCAUCGGGCCCCUUGGGGUGUUAAGGCAUACGGGGGCAAUUACAGUUGCAUCACGGGUACAGGUAAUGGCAUUGAUUAUGGGAGAUUAUCUGAAGCUGAUUGCAGUAGUGUACAUAACCAUUAAUUCCACCUGGCCAGUUACAGGCCUAAACCAAACUAGUGGUCUGGCUGAUGUGUGGUGGAUCUGUGGACCCAAAAGAGUGCUGAGACCCAUUCUUAGAGGAGACUGGCAAGGUACGUGUGCUCUGACCAGUUUGAUAAUUCCACUGACCAUUGUUGAUGUUACUGCUGAGCAGCUGUUGGGUUCUGUAUCCAGGGGACCUGAAAACAUUCCAUCCCAUGGGAGACAUAGACGUAGUGCUCCAUGGACAGAGGAUGUAGUUGACAUAUACACUAACCUGUUGGGAGUGCCAGUGGGGGUUUCUCAUGAGUUUCAGGCCUUGGGUAGGAAUGAUGGACUCUGGCACUUACUACCUAUUAUAGGUCCAGCCAUAGUGGAUGCAAGACAGACUGCAUGGAUUAAUUAUAUCUACUAUAAUCAACAGUGUUGUGUGAAUUACUCCCGUGAUGCACUCACUGGUAAAUCUGAACAGCUUGAGGCCACAUCUAGGGUUGCCAGACAAAAUAGACUUGCUUUGGAUAUGCUUCUUGCCAGUCAGGGGGGUGUCUGCAAGAUGUUCGGUGAACAAUGUUGCACGUAUAUUCCUAAUAACACCAGUCCAGAUGGUAGUAUAUCUAAGGCCCUUAGUGGGCUUGAUGCACUAUCUGCUGAGAUGAGGACCAUGGCGGGGGUGUAGGAGUCUGGACUGUUCUCUUGGUUGGGAGCCUGGUUUGGUAAGUACACUGGUAUGGUGGUUACUGGAUUUCUGACCCUAAUUCUUGUAUUUUUGUUAUUGUUGUGUUGUGCUGCUUGCAUCAUACCGUGUUUUAAGAAGUCUGUUACAGAUGUGGUGAAGGCUUCAGGUAUGAUGCCCUUGCUUGAUGCUCCUGAAGGAGAUGCAGAUACGGAAUCUAACUUCCGGAGACAGAUGGGGCUGACUAAGGAUGACCCCUGGUUUGCUGUGGGUGAGGUUGUGGAAUGAUAACUUCUUAAAUACAUAACGUGUACGAUAUAACUUGUCCUCUCUUAUGUGAAGGUUUAGAGUCCCUGGGUGGCAAGCAGCCCACCUGGUACAGGAUAGGAGUAGCUGAGAGGACCAGAUGGUUUAUAAUAAUGCUUUGCUCUGCUUUACUCUGUUUUCCAUGACCAAAGUUAUCCUAUAUCUUACAUGUCAAUAAACAAUAAAGUUUUAUCCUGUUUUUGAUAAAGGACAACCUUGAGGGUGUCAAAAGGGGGAGACAAAAGCAUAUAUCAUUUGUUGAUUUUUGUUUCUAUUUUUCUUUAUUGAUUUUCAGUUUUUCUGUUAAAAAAUAAAAAUAAAUAAUAAACUUUUUAUUAUUUUCAUGAAAUGCUAUUAACAUAUUACUAUGUUGGGACCGCUGGAAUAAAGGAUAAUGAUUGACACCCUUGUGGGUGUCAAAAGGGGGAAUCAAAAACUCCAGUUUAUAUAUAUGUUAAUCAACAAAGGGACGUGCAUCACUUCAUAUAUUCACAAAAUAAAGGUUUAAAGUUUCUGGGUUCAUUAGCAACCUAGUAUAUCGGAUGGUAUGGUUACACCCCAUAGGGGGUGUAAAAAGGGGGAUUAUGAGGUUUCUGUGUUAUGCACUAUAGCCCAUUACCAUAUAUAUGAUUGAAUAUUAUCUGCUGUUGGCUUGUGUGGAUGUAUGUAUGUAUGUGUUAUGCAACAUAGCUGACUUGAAACAUUGUUAACAGUUUCAGGGCCAUGGGACUUUCUCAUGAUGGAAAAAUACAGAGAAGCAUGAAGACAGGAACUGUUCAAAUUAGUUGGGAGGGGGGCACAUUCAGAGCGGGGUGUUGCGAUAACAGGAGCCAGGUGCGAGAUAACGGUAUGGAGCAUGAGAACCUGGAUGUUCUUCACGAGCAAGUCACAUCUAUCAACAGAAGCGCCAAGAGGCGGGACCCGCCUGAGCGCCUGCAAUAGGCUGGACAAGUUUAAACCACGCCCAGUCUCUACUGUGAUAGGCCAACAGACGGGUUGGAACUGUCUAUCACAGUAUAAAGAAUACUGUUUUACAUACGUCUUGUCAGUUCUCUGUUUUGCCCUGCGAGGUGGGACAGAGAGCCCGUAUAUACGAUAAUUGCAUUUACCACUUAUUGCUUAGCUAAUAAAAAAUACAUAGUAUACAAUCGGUGACUCAUUGUCAUAUUUAUCCUGAUACCAGAUUCGAAUUGACGCAAUUCUAACAAAACAUCAAAGUGUUUCCUUUCAAAUGGUACCAAGAAUAUGCAUAUCCUUGCUUCAGGGCCGGAGCUGCAGGUAGUUAGAUUUGGUAUGUCAUUUUAGGCGAAAAUUGAAAAAAAAGGGGUCUAUCCCUAAGAAGUAAAGGAACUAUGUCCAUUCGUCAGGCUAGGACGCCGAGGGAUGAGAACACGUUGGUAUGACGGUUACUGGUCCCCCGCAGUUAUGUUAUUAACGACGGUGAGGGUAUGUGUUCGGCAGGCAGAUGCAGGAACGCCUCGAAAUGCAGGCUGCAGUUGCACACUAUUGAGUUUUUUUGGAGGAAGGCAAAGAUGGCCACACCGCUUGUUGAGCAUUUAUCUAGCUAGAACAUAAUAUAAGCUUGUCGUUAACUGUGAAGCAAAGGACUAAAUAGUGGAGUCUGGCAGUCGCAUACAACGAACGAUUGAUUAUAUGUAUGUGUGUGAGAGACACCGUCAGAAGCUGUUUUGGUGGCGUGUCGAUGGCUAGCUAACUAACGUUAGUAUGAAUGGGAACGCGGUCGCUGUUUUGGCUGCAACGAGCUUGAUAAUUGGCUAAAUAAAUUGCUUGCAUGGUCGCUUAAUGAACUCGUAGCUAGCAGAAACAUUCGAUUAACGUUAGGUAUUUAUCUAACGUUAGCCAGCCCGGUGGUUAGUAAGCUAACGUAAACAGCUACUGUAGCUAGCUAACUAACUUUAAUUUGAUCACCGGACCCUUUUGCAUUAUGAAAAACUGUGAGUACCAGCAAAUUGACCCACGGGGACUUUCAACACCCUCGUCAACGCAACCCUGUACCGAAAAUGUGCAGAGGUCUCGGAGAAAAUGGGAAGUAUUUCCAGGGAAAAAUCGCUUUUAUUGCGAUGGACGGAUUAUUCUGGCCAGACAAAAUGGUAUCCUGCCUCUGACACUCGGCCUUAUCAUUAUCACAAGUGGCCUCUUCUUUGCAUUCGAUUGCCCAUUCCUGGUGACUCACCUGACCGUCUGCAUACCUGUGAUUGGUGGAGUGUUGUUUGUGUUUGUGGUCACCUCCCUACUGCAGACCAGCUUUACAGACCCUGGAAUCCUGCCUAGGACCUUGCCAGAUGAGGCUGCAGACAUUGAGAAGCAGAUAGACACCUCAGGUUCGUCCACGUACCACCCCCCUCCGCGCACCAAAGAAAUCCUCAUUAACCGGCAGGUGGUGAAGCUUAAGUAUUGCUUCACCUGCAAGAUGUUCCGCCCUCCUCGGACCUCACACUGCAGCAUGUGUGACAACUGUGUGGAGCGGUUCGAUCACCAUUGCCCGUGGGUGGGGAACUGUGUGGGCAAGCGCAACUACCGCUUCUUCUACAGCUUCAUAGUCUCUCUCUCCUUCCACACCUCCUUCAUCUUCGGUUGUGUUGUCACACACCUCACGCUACGAUCCCAAGGAGGGAAUGGCUUAGUUCUGGCCUUACAGGAGAAUCCUGUCAGUGUGGUUGAACUAGUUAUUUGCUUCUUCUCCAUUUGGUCUAUUCUGGGGCUUUCAGGUUUCCAUACAUACUUGGUGGCCUUCAACCUCACAACAAAUGAAGAUGAAAUCACACACAGAACGAGCAGUAUGGCUGGUGGCAUUAUCAUGCUGGAGGGUCAUGGCAAGAUGAGCCUGAAGGAAGGGUACCACAUGAGGGAGGAGGAUGUUUUCCCUGUAACACACAGUGUUGAGAUUGCCUGCAAUGACAACAAGCUCAGUCCGAUGAUGCUGUGACACACCACCACAGACCCUCCAUCUCCAAAUCGAUCCCGCUCCAGAGUACAGGCCUCGGUGUAACGCUCAUUCCUUCGACGAUAAAUGCGAAUCCAAACAUCACCCCUGGUGAGACAAAACCACGACUCAUCAGUGAAGAGCACUUUUUGCCAGUCCUAUCUGGUCCAACGAAGGUGGAUUUGUGCCCUUAGGCGUUGUUGUUGCCUGUGAUAUCUGGUGAGGACCUGCCUUACAACAGGCCUACAAGCCCUCAGUCCAGCCUCUCUCAGCCUAUUGCGGACAGUCUGAGCACUGAUGGAGGGAUUGUGCGUUCCUAGUGUAACUCGGUAGUUGUUGCCAUCCUGUACCUGUCCCGCAGGUGUAAUGUUCGUAUGUACCUAUCCUGUGCAGAUGUUGUUACAAGUAGUCUGCCACUGCAAGGAUGAUCAGCUGUCCGUCCUGUCUCCAUGUAGAGCUGUCUUGGGCGUCUCACAGUACGGACAUUGCAAUUUAUUGCCCUGGCCACAUCUGCAGUCCUCAUGCCUCCUUUCAGUAUGCCUAAGGCACGUUCACGCAGAUGAGCAGUGACACUGGGCAUCUUUUGCUGUUUUUCAGAGUCAGUAGAAAGGCCUCUAUAGUGUUCUAAGUUUUCAUAACUGUGACCUUAAUUGCCCACCGUCUGUAAGCUGUUAGUGUCCUAACGACCGUUCCACAUUUGCAUGUUCAUUAAUUGUUUAUGGUUCAUUGAACAAGCAUGGGAAACCAUGUUUAAACCCUUUACAAUGAAGAUCUGUGAAGUUAUUUGUAUUUUUACAAAUUAUCUUUGAAAGACAGGGUCCUGAAAAAGGGAUGUUUAUCUUUUUGCUUUAUAUUUUGUUUAGUACACUACACACACUUUUUUUUGAGGAUUGUUUCUAAAAUGUUAUUGAACAGAUGGUGAGAGAGACAGAGGUCGAAGAUAAGAGUGGUUGGGUGAAGGGGCAGGUGGCAGAUUUCAACCUAUUCAGACACGGUAGACAUUGUGCCGGAGGAAGCGGUUUUCCUGCUAGACCACAAGGCUGCCCCACACAUUCUAAUCACCUAAAUAUACAGUACUUGAAUGUUUGAUCCUGCUUAGUCUCCAGACUGCUUCAUAACUUUGUCUUUCCUGUGCAGAUAAAAGGCUCCUGGUUGAGUAAAAGAGGUGCAGAGGACUCUGGGAAUCCCUACACUUACGACAACAUCUUUACCAACUGCUG